AUUUUAUAAUUUUAUAAGAGCAUUUCAAAUCUUUUUCUUUGCAAAAUUAUUGUUUCAUUGAUUUAACAUGGAUAAUUUUAAUGUGCCAAGGAAAGUCAAUCGGCAUGUUUACAAGGCCGUCUCCGAAUUGCAGGAUUCGCUGGCCGGCUUUGUCUCCGCUGAUCUGAUUAAUAAGUAUGUGAAAUAUACUUUGCGGCGUAGCAAGCAAUUGGUCAAUGUGGACGAGAUAAUCCAUCAAUCGCUGUCCAAUCUGACCGAUCUGGGCAUUCUGGCCCGCACGGGAUCAUCGGGCUAUGCCAUUCGGCAUACCAUCAAGCGCGCCAGCAUGGAAUAUACUGGAACACCUACAUGCGAUUUAGAUUCCAGGACGAGCAGCAAACGCUCUUCGUCGGCAAGGAAAACAUCCGUGAAGAGCAUCAAGCGGGUAUCGAAAUCAAAGACAAAACGAAUUCUGGGAUCGAAAUCAAAGGCAAGCCGAGACCGUGCUCCCAUCAAACGUUUGAAAAGGGAGUAUACACGCGGGGAGUCGUUAAUAUGCCUUGGUUGCCGUACAGGCAUAGCAGGCUUGAUUGAUCUGUGUAAAAUUCUUAAAGAGAAUAAUUUUUUGCAGAUGGUAAAGCCGGGAAAUGUUGGAUCAAUAAAUUCAUCCUAAGUCCAACAAUAUGAAGUGUGGGUUUGCUGCGUCUGACCUUGGUUCCCAAUAUACUAAUGAUAACGAGUCGAUUUAAAACUCGUCUGCUUUCAGUUAAUGCUAGCCGUUAAACCAACUAUCAAAAUAAAUGUGAGACACUUUU